AUGGCGGACUCGAUCGAUCAGCCCAUGGCCAACGGCCAGGAUGAAGCCUCUCAUUUGCCCAUAUCGGAAGAUGAGGAGAAGGUCCUUGCACUCUACGACAGAAUACAGGAGCUUCGGUUAGAAAUUGCAAUCAUCAACGCGCAACGCUCUCACCAGCCAGAUGAGCCAUCAUCGUUUACACCAGAAGAAACACGCAAGGCACAGUUGGAGCUUCUUGGGACAAGGGCAAAAUAUGUCCUGAGGAACGAGGUGAUUGACGCCGUUGUCAUGGCCAACCCAAUCCUCAAAGCCGUUCAUGGCGGGACAGAAGCUUCACCUGUUGAACGUGAACUUGUCCCAUAUGUGGAACGCAGAGACGAGGCAUCCAUUGCGGUUGCCCAGGAGGCGGCCAAGACUGGCAGAGUUUGGGACGAAUUGACCUCCACGCAGAGCGACACUUUGCUUGCCUCUCGGAAAAACGUGGCAUCAACUGCAGAGCUAUUUGAACUGGCAGAGAAGGCCAAGCAAAAGAAGAGGAUUCCACCGAACAACACCAAGAUGAUACAAGAGCAAGCGAAACUCGAGGCAGAGCUCAAGUCUUCGAGAAUGUUCAUCGUGACUACUGCAUGCACUGGGAAUGGCCUCCGCACCGGUCUGCAUCCCGGUGAGAACCCGGCUCUCGAGUAA